GCAACAAUACAACAAUGUAUCCCACUGGUUCGAAUAUUUCAAAUUUCUUCAAAUGAUUUUCAUAGUAAAGUAAUGCCAUAUAGAGAUAUUAUACCCAAAGCUUUGUUCGAAGAUGUAAUGAGAUAUCAUAUGGUACCGGAUUGUCCGCGACCUAUCUCGUUAAUGCCCUCUAGGCGUGGAGGGAUUGAAUCUAAUUUAUUACGUGCUAGACAUGCUGCUUUGAUUUCUAGUUGGAUUGAUAGAAAUGACUUAAAUGCAUUUUACAAUACUACCAAUAUCAAAGCAGCUUUACUCUCAAGAGUUCAGGAACCUUCGAGAGCUGUGCUUUGUUCACAAGCUAUAGGGGCAUGCUUUGGUAGUGGUGAUUUGGUUAUGGGUGGAACUCAUUCCAAUUUUAAUGUAGAAUUAGGUUGUUCAUGUAAGCGGCAAUCCUAUGAGAGACCUUUGAUGAUUACUAAUCAUGAUAGGUUUAGCGUUGAUGAAUAUGAG